GUCACACGGAAAAACCAAAACAAGUGGAUGACAUUUCUGACAGAAGCGGCCCGAACGGCGCCACCGGGAGAAGGUAACGAGCACGAACCACGUCGAGCCGACCCGGUCCCGGUGUCCCCCGCCUCACAGUACAUACUGGAAGCGUGUCGUCACUGCUGGUUCACUCUAUUUCAGUAAGAGCGGGCUAGCCCAAUGCUAACCAGAGCUAGCAUCAUGGGAGGGGGGCGGCUGCCAUAGCAACCGUCUGAGAAACACUGUGGCGCUUAAUGCUAGCUCAACCAACUAGCUAGCUAGAUAAUACAUCUACCACCUUAGUGACUCACGGUGAGCGCGGACCGCCUCGUCGCUCCUCGUCUAGCGGGCUUUAGAGACCUCAGAGCCCGCGGCCAUGCGUCGCUGCCCGGGUCGCGGCGGGCUGGAACUGAUCUGGGCUGUGAUCUGAUCAGACCCGAGCCUCACGUCACUUGUCAGAGGGCGAGAGGAGCCGCCAGACUAUCUGGUCCACCCCGACACUCGUUUGAGUAUGGAUGUAGAUGACUGCAAUGGCUCGUCCUAUAUAUCAGGUGCAGCAAGUGGUGAGUCUUCAGUGGAGAGGGAGUUUCCUGGGGCGCCCGGGGUUCCAUCAGCAAGCACCCCCAACAGCCAGCACACCUCUCCUAGCCGCUCGCUCAGUGCUAACUCCAUUAAGGUGGAGCUGUACAGCGACGAUGAGCCGGGCCGGGGGGGUGAGGAGGACGGGGGGGAGGACGGGGGUCCGGACCACGGGGGGGAGGGCGGAGGGGCCUACAGGGAGAUGAACCACGUGGACGCCAUGACCUCCGGAGCCACUCGACUUCCCAACGGGAAGCUCAAGUGCGACAUCUGUGGCAUGAUCUGCAUCGGACCCAACGUCCUCAUGGUGCACAAGCGCAGCCACACAGGUGAGCGACCCUUCCAGUGUAAUCAGUGCGGCGCUUCGUUCACUCAGAAGGGAAACCUCCUCCGACACAUUAAGUUGCACUCGGGAGAGAAGCCCUUUAAAUGCCCCUUCUGCAGUUAUGCCUGUCGUAGGAGAGACGCCCUCACCGGCCACCUCCGCACUCAUUCGGUGUCCUCCCCUACCGUAGGGAAGCCCUACAAGUGCAGCUACUGCGGGCGGAGCUACAAGCAGCAGAGCACCCUGGAGGAGCACCGCGAGCGAUGCCACAGCUACCUGCAGAGUCUGGAGACGCUGCACCCCGCCAGCACCCACCUCCCAGGAGAGGAGCUGAGGUUCACCCCUGACUCUGUGCUGCAGCCGCCCUCAGACCAGUUCCUCGACGGCCUCACUAGUAACUUCGCCAAGCGAAAGAGAUCAACACCACAGAGAUUUGUAGGACAGAAGCACAUGCGUCUCAACAUGGCCGACGCGCCCUACGAGCUCAGCGCUGCGUUUGAGAAGGACGGAGACCUGAACCCUGCCCACCUUGAGACGCCCCACUUCCCCGGUCUGGGGGGAGACUACGCCGCUGCCCCAGGUGGAGGAGGUGGAGGUGAUGGAGGUGGAGGAGGAGGGGAUGGAGGAGGAGGGCUGACGGAGCUGACGGAGCAGCCCGCGCCGCCCCGCGGCCCUCCGUCGGCUCGGCCCUUGCGUUUGUCGGAGCUCCGCCCCUUGCUCAGCUCCGCGCACAGAGCCCCGCCCCCUCCGCAGGGGGCGCGGCUGGACUGUAUGGGGGGCGGCGGCACCGGGGGAAGGGAAGCGGCGGAGGGCCACGAGGACCUGCCCUCUGGCCGCAGCGGCGCGCCGUCGCCUAGCAACGGUUGCCAGGACUCCACGGACACAGAGAGCCUGCACGACGAGCCGCAACUCCUCCACCACCACCACCACCACAACAACAACCUCCACUACAGCGGCGGCCCGGGCCCCGCCCCCCCGCCGCACCACCGGGCCCGAGGGAGACCCCUCCCCGGGCACGCCAAAGACGCGGAGCGGGAGGAGGCCGCCCCCCCGGGGGGCCACGCCUUCGCCGCCGCCCAGCCCACGCCGGGCUCCCCCGCCGCCCCCUCCUCCACCUCCCGGGAGGCGCUGCGGGUGGUGGACGGGGACGGGCGCGCCGUGCGCUCGUUCCGCUGCGAGCACUGCCGCGUGCUGUUCCUGGACCACGUCAUGUUCACCAUCCACAUGGGCGCGCACGGCUUCCGCCAGCCCUUCGAGUGCAACAUCUGCGGGCACCGCAGCCAGGACCGCUACGAGUUCUCCUCCCACAUCGUCCGGGGGGAACACCUGCUGGAGUGAGGAGUCGGGGUCGGGCAGGAGGUCACCUGAUCCACCAGGAGGGCUCCUAUUGGAAGGACCCCCCCCCCCCCUGCUCCUUUUGGAGGGAACCCGCUGCUCCUAUUGGAGGAACCGCCCUGCUUUGCUCCUAUUGGAGGAACCCCGUUGCUCUGCUCCUAUUGGAGGAACCCCGUUGCUCUGCUCCUAUUGGAGGAACCCCCUUGCUCUGCUCCUAUUGGAGGAACCCCCUGGCUGAGUUUGAUCUGCACAACGUACCCACAGAGGGAUCGGUAGUGGUCCACACUGGCCUCUGAGUCAGGACACUUUAACUAGUAGAUUCUCUAGAGAGGUGUGGCUUAAAGAGAACUCCAAGGAAGGUCACAUCAUUUUAAAUCUAAAAACAAGGUCCUAUCAUUCUUAAUGCACUUUGAACGAUGAAUAUCUCUGAAAAUGCACUUUUGAAUUAUUUUAUUAUAGUAGAUGAGUCAUCACUGCACCUUUCUAUCUUCAGAAGUGCCUUGCUCUAAAACAAUAUUUGACCCUUUGCUUUCUGAUCAACAGUAUAUGCUUGAUGUUAUUUAAUGUCUGAGAAGUUCCCCUCGUCUGCACUUUGACCGAGAUAUUGCAAAAGAAUAGCUUACGAUGUGGUCGCGGUCCUUUUUAAAACGAGCUCACCGUACACGGUGAAGUCGACACUUGUAUUCCUUUUUCUUUUUUUUUUAAGAUAAGCUUAAGAGCACUUUCCUCCAGCUUCAUUCCUCCACUCUCUGAAGGUGGGGGCUUCUCUGUCGGGGCCAGGAGGGGUUUCGAAUGCAGACCAAACUUGGCCCGACCUGUACGAGGAAACAGUCUGGACCUCGGUUAGGAAAGCACUUUGUUAGCUGUGUGUGUAGAGGAUGAAGGGACAGGGAAGAGACCCAUGUGAAGGGAAACUGAAAGGCUUUUAUUGGUGUGAAUGGUGGAUAGAAAUGUAUGAUAUAUCUAUUUUUCUGGCUUUUGUUGCACUGAUACCUGCCGGAACACAAUUAUAUGAAAAUAUUUUAUGGGAGAAUACAUUUAUGACAUGCACAUUUCACUGAAAGUCUAAGGAAAGAAGGUUAUUUUUUUCAAAGCGUUUCAAAUUCCCUCUAAAGAGGACAGACACUGCCACUCACAGGAAGACGACUCGUCCAUGAAGAUGUCCUGAACCCCUCCCCUUACUUAUGAAACACAACCAAACUGUUAAUGUGGGGUGUAUUUCAGGUAGUGUACAGUUUGGACGGUGCCUUUAUGACCGGGACUCGAUUGAAGGACAUGAAACCAAACGUCACGUCUCGACAGGUGAUCCUCCACGUUGUCGGCGACUCUGAGCGAACUCUUCUGAACCUCUGAUUGGGUUCUGCAGAGACGGGAGAGGCAGAAGUACACAGUGGGAUCUAUUCCAACUCCCUUUUUGGAGAAUUAGCGUAUGCUUAUUUGAGAUGGCCUUGAGGUGCAUUGGAUUUGAAACACGUUUGAAAUGAGUUUUGAAGUUUUCUGCCCGUUAGUUAUAACCUGGCUUUAUUAUCGUCAUAGAAUAUUAACUGACUGCCCGUUUGAUGGAAGAAUUCACUUUAUAUUUCACAAGUAGAUGAUGUUUGAAAUGACAUCCUGUAGCGUUUGGGUUCGAUGGCGUUUCAGUGCUGUUGAGCUGCUCUGUUUUGAUUCUCCUCUCUGGAAUUUCUACCAGCGGUCUGUUUAAACUGCAAAUAGGCGUCCUUAAUAUUUUUUAUAAGCAGAGGAAGUGGGCGGGGUUAAGUCGUUAAACUCAACACAUUUUUCUUGGACUUGGCCAAAGAACAUCUUCUCAUUAUGAUGUUUGUACUGAACGUGUUUCCUUUGAUGUGGGAGAGGUGGAGUCCCAUCUUUGAGUUCCAUAUACCGGUUCAACGGGUCGUUGGUACCAUCAGUGAUUCUGUCCCCUGAUCUUGUCCAAAUAGGUGUGCAAUUCCUGCCCUGGUUGACGGUGUUAUUCAUGUUGACCUCAGUUCCUCCUGCAGGCACCGCUGAUACACAACACUGUUUUCAUCGUUUGUUUUGUCUAUCUUUAGAAAAAGAAAUCCACUUAAUUUAAGAUGGUCCCCUUUUAAAAAAAACGUUAUGCCCUGUACUAGCAGCAAGACACUGACAUGUUUUUAUCUAGUUUCACUCGUUCACUGUAUUGGUAGUGACUGAUGUAAAUUCACCCCAUGGGCGUCUCAUUCAGAUGAUUCUGCAUGCGUUUGUGUAUUACAAGGUGGAAUGUGUUCACACCCAUUGUUGUUAGAGAGCGAUCUAAAGUAAAGGCCCCUGGUGUGAUGAGAGGGUGAAAUUAGUUCAGUCUGCCUUGCUUCUGUGCCUUUUGCCUUGGGAGUUCACCGUGUAAUUCUUCAAUGUUUGGUGUGCUAAACAUUUUGUUCCCCCCGUUCACAUCAGAGUGCUAAAUUAGGACAACAAUCAAUGGCUGAAGUGGGCAGAAUGGUAGACUCCACCUAUUGAGGGAGACCUCACCCAGCGGUAAAUCACUGCCGCCGUUGAGCUCUGAUACGGCCGCUGGUCACCUGACACACUCGUAUCAGUGCCUAGUUCCCCACGCUUAAGAAGUUUACCUGUUUGUGAUCUGAUGCUGAAUCGUGUCCAUCUCCUGUUCCUGCAACGCCCGAAACGGCUUCUUAAUAUCAGCACUGUAAAUACUCUCUGAUCGCUUUAAGUAACUGCAGAGCCUUUUUAAAUGUAUCCAACGUAUGCAAGUACUUGUUUCAAUCUUAAAACUACUGUCGGUUUUGUACUGUAAGCAGAGUCUAUUAAAAAUAAAAUAUUUGACAAACUACUUCCAGAAUAUGAAGUCAAUGAGAAUAGCACGUUUCUGUUUAUAUAACGAUAUGUUUGCUGGAGGGGAGCCCAAUCCUCUUUACAUUAGCUUCGGAGUGGGUCGUUGGGGCCCGCCCCGUUAGAGAAAACUGUCAUCAGCACCAGAAAACAGCUGGAGAGGAGACCACCGCUGGUUGUGUACAUUACCGGCCGCCGGCGUGUUGGUUUGCUACAGGGUCAGCGCGUGGUGUGAUGCUCGGAGCGGUGCAGGUGAGCGGUGUUAGUCCCGAGGCCUUUAACCCCUCGGAGCAGUAGGCUGGCGGUGCUCCUGAGGCAGUUAACCCCUCCGUAACCAUGCGCUCCCGGCCCAUCAGAUAAAACCAAACACUGUUCUAGACUCUCUCUUUGUACAAACGCCGAU